AGAGAGAGAGAGAGUGAGAGUGGAGGGGGCACCUUGGAAAUUUUAGCGGUGAACUCGCAUGAAGGAGCCGUUUGGAGAGAAUAAAUGAACAUGGAAGACCAAGUGGCCAAUUUCUCUGGAACCUGGAGAAUGAAAAGCUCAGAAAACUUUGAGGAGCUGCUUAAAGCACUGGGCGUAAAUGUCUUUUUGAGGAAAAUCGCAGUAGCAGCAGCGUCCAGGCCCUUGGUGGAGAUCGAGCAGCAAGGAGAGACUCUGUCGAUACAGACAUCAACCAGCGUACGCACGACUCAAGUGUCCUUCACCGUGGGUCAGGUCUUCAAUGAGACCACAGUAGAUGGACGACCUUGCACGAGUUUUCCAAAAUGGGACACAAACAGAAAGAUCACCUGUGAGCAGACACUGCUGAAAGGCGAGGGACCAAAGACAUCCUGGACUCGUGAGCUGACUGACAAUGGGGAACUCAUUCUUACUAUGAGUGCUGGAGAUGUUGUCUGUACUCGUGUCUAUGAGCGAGAAUGAGGGCUCUCACGUUUUUGGCCUCCUUCAACCCACCCUCUAAUCAUGUAUUCUGUGGUACAAGUGUCUGUCUUUAAAGUUUGCUAUCUACUAUUGACUGCUCUGAUAAUCGUUUGAUACAUGCUCCUAUUUUACUGUAUGUACAGCACCAUGAAAAACUAUUUGCCCCUUCCAGAUGUUUUCUAUCUUUGCAUGUUUGUUUCACUUAUUUUUUUUGUAUUUUCAUUUAAAUAAAAUCUAAGGAAUCUAUAUGUUACUUAAAUGAAACAUGAAGUACAUUUUAAAAAGUCUCAAUUAACAAGUUGAGCCAGACAAAGAGAACGAACGUUAUUGGAAUUUAUCAGUCUGGGAAAGGGUUACAGGGCCAUUUUACUACAGAGUCACUACCAGAAACUGUGUUGAAGCUUCCCAGAAACGGUGUGGAAGAUUCCAGAAACGGUGUGGAAGAUUCCAAAAACUGUGCUAAAGCUUCCCAGAAACUGUGCUAAAGAUCCCAGAAACUGUGUUGAAGCUUCCCAGAAACUGUGCUGAAGAUUCCAGAAGCCGUGUUGAAGCUUCCAAGAAACUGUGUUGAAGAUUCCAGAAACUGUGUUGAAGAUUCCAGAAACCAUUUUGAAGCUUGCAGAAACUGUGUUGAAGAUUCCAGAAACCGUGUUGAAGAUUCCAGAAAUGGUGUUGAAGAUUCCAGAAACUGUGCUAAAGAUUCUAAAAACAGUUUUGAAGCUUCCCAGAAACCUUGUUGAAGCUUUCCAGAAACUGUGUUGAAGAUUCCAGAAACUGUGCUAAAGAUUCCAGAAACUGUGUUGAAGAUUUCAGAAACCGUUUUGAAGAUUCCAGAAACUGUGCUGUAGAUUUCAGAAACCGUGUUGAAGCUUCAAGAAACUGUGUUGAAGAUUCCAGAAACUGUGUUGAAGAUUCCAGAAACCGUUUUGAAGAUUCCAGAAACUGUGCUGAAGAUUCCAGAAACCGUGUUAAAGCUGCCCAGAAACUGUGUUGAAGAUUCCAGAAACUGUGAUAAAGAUUCUAGAAACUGUGAUAAAGAUUCCAAAACCUGUGUUAAAGUUUCCCAGAAACUGUGUUGAAGAGUCCAGAAACAGUUUUGAAGCUUCCCAGAAUCUGUGUUGAAGCUUCCCAGAAACUGUGUUAAAGAUUCCAAAAACAUUGUUGAAUACUGCCAGAAGAGCCUGGUCUAUUCAAAUUCUCCUGACAGGACAUCAAUGUCUCAUCAGAAAAGUUACAUCAGAACCCAGAUAAAUAUCUAAAAAAAACUAUAGGUCUCACAUUCUUAAAAUAAGGUUAUUAUUAAUGAAAAUGGUAUCCAUGGGCGAGUUACAGAGUGAAAAACCACAAGAAAUCAAGAGGAACAUAAAGGCUGAGAAAAAAUAAAUAAAUAAAUAAAUAAAUAAACAACCAAGUUUUUCAUGUUAAUGUUAAAAUGACCUUUAUGGAAAUGGUUUCUGUUACAUCUGGCUUAAACAAAACACAGCAUUCCAUAAUCAAAACCAACACUAAAAUGUGGUGGUGGUGUGAUCACAUGGGGAUUCUUUGAUGUAUACUUUGGAGGACUUGCCAUUAUCUUACAAUUGACAGAACCAUGGACCAUUUUGCUCUCUGCAAGGGAGAUUAUGCAGGGAUUUUCGUAUCUGCAUAUAAAACAUAUCCUCUUAUCAGAUCUGAAGCUCAAAUGGAACUGUCUUAUGCAGCAAAACAAGAGCAAGUCCUUCUCUGAAUCUCAUAAAAGAGACAUAAAUGAAGGCUUUCAAAUUGGCUUAAUCCUGAACCUCCUUUGAGACCUUAAAUGAAAAUUUUGAGCUUGAAAAUCCUUUAUUGAGGCUGAUAUAUUCUAUUUCUUUGACAUUUAAACCAUAGUUACUGCUAAAUGUGGCAACCAGUUAUUAAAUGUGGGGCUGUGGGCAAUAACCUUUUCAAAUGUGGUGAUGUACAGUAGGUGUGAAUAGAUUUUCCCUUUAAGUAACUGUGUUAUGUCAUGUUUUGUAUUACAAUUUAUGAAGCCUGAAGCCAUUCAGUGUGACAAAUAUAAAAAAAGCACUGUGCAUGAGAGAGAUAGUAUGUGUGUUCAACGUGUGUGAGAGUGUGUGUACUUUAAGAUCUGUAAUUUGGCCAGUUAUUAACAGAAAAUCUGCAUCGUCUAAUAAUUAAUAAAAUAAUUUCUG